CAAUGGUCGGUCGGGCUGUCAGUCAGGGGCGGGCCGGCGCGCGCGCCGCCGCGGGCGGGGGACGGCGGCAGAUCCAGUAAGUCGGGCGGCAGCGUAGUUGCUGCAGCUGCCGCUGUCGCCGCCACAUUCAACAGGCAGCAGCGCCACGGUCGCGCAGCCCGGGAGAGUGAACGGUCCGCGGCGUCCGUCCGUCCUUCGUUCCGCGGGCCGUGUCGGCAGGAGCGCGACGCCGGCGCUGCCGGGGCCCGGCGACUCUGGCCUGCCGUCCCGUCCGUGCAGCGGACCCAGAGGAGCCUAGAUGUUGAUGGACCUGUGAAGUUAAGUUCUGGGCUCGCGCUUCCACUCUGCCGCCGCGCCUUCCUCCCGGUUUCCGUCCGCUCGCGGCACCGACAUCAACUCCCCCCCCGCCCCCGGCAAAUCUCGGACCGGCUCUUCUCGCUCUCUCCCCUCGGCUCCCGGUGCUGCGCUCUCUCACUUCUUGGCAGUCCCGCGGCUGGGGGAGGGGCGGGGGUCACCAUGGCCGAAGCGCCCCAGGUGGUGGAGAUCGACCCGGACUUCGAGCCGCUGCCCCGGCCGCGCUCGUGCACCUGGCCGCUACCCAGGCCGGAGUUUAGCCAGUCCAACUCGGCCACCUCCAGCCCGGCGCCGUCGGGCGGCGCGGCCGCGAACCCCGACGCCGCCGCGGGCCUGCCCUCGGCCUCGGCGGCCGCUGUCAGCGCCGACUUCAUGAGCAACCUGAGCCUGCUGGAGGAGAGCGGGGACUUCCAGCAGGCGCCCGGCUCCGUGGCGGCGGCCGCGGCGGCGGCCGCGGUGGCGGCGGCGGCGGCCGCAGCUGCCGCCACCGGGGGGCUGUGCGGGGACUUCCAGGGCCCGGAGGCGGGCUGCCUGCACCCGGCGCCGCCGCAGCCUCCGCCGCCCGGGCCGCUUUCGCAGCACCCGCCCGUGCCCCCCGCCGCCGCCGCCGGGCCGCUUGCGGGGCAGCCGCGCAAGAGCAGCUCGUCUCGCCGCAACGCGUGGGGCAACCUGUCCUACGCCGACCUCAUCACUAAGGCCAUCGAGAGCUCGGCCGAGAAGCGGCUCACGCUGUCGCAGAUCUACGAGUGGAUGGUCAAGAGCGUGCCCUACUUCAAGGAUAAGGGCGACAGCAACAGCUCGGCUGGCUGGAAGGUGAGUGGCCUCGGGGCUAACGGCCGGAGCGGGAGCGGGGCUCGGGCAGCCUGCCUGCCUCCUCCUGAGGUCGCGGUAGGGCAGAUGAGGGGGCGGCUGGGCAAGUUCGCUUGGCCUGAAAGUGCAGAGCACGCGGGCAGCGCGUGAAGGGAGCGGGCGAGAAGCGGCAGGGGUGGGUCGUGGGC